AUGAAUGCUAUGCUCUUUAUGAUUGCUGGUUAUGAAUCGACUUCACUUAACAUUGCAUUUGCUACCUAUGAAUUGGCUAAACAUCCUGAUAUACAACGUAAAUUACAGGCAGAAAUCGAUGAACAUUGGAAAGAAGGAGAAGAAGAACCUGAUUAUGAUGUGAUUGCUAGUAUGACAUAUAUGGAUAUGUUCGUACGAGAAGUACUACGCAUGUAUUCCAUUGUACAUAGAGCAUUUAGUCGACAGUGCAAUGCAUCAACAGUCAUCUGUGGUCACCAGAUUGAAGAAGGUGAGAUAAUAUUUGCAUAG